UCAAGCACCAACGAAGAAGAAGACACGCGUCUUCAUGUUGCUAAUGCUAACCCGGGGAGACCUUGAAUGAUUUCUCAGUCUAAAUGAAGUGAACUGUAGUAAAUUUACUCAGUGAAGCUUUAGUUUAAUCUACCUGGAUUAAUCCCGGAUUAUCUGACUGCUGCUGGGUUUUUCUCCGGGACUUUAUCCGGAAUGUCUUCUUUGUGGAGUCUCAGACCGCUGCUAACGUCUCUGUUAGAAGCCUCCCAGCAUGCCUCAGCGUGGACGCCCCCCCUCCUCUCCAGGACCAUGGCCACCCUGAACCAGAUGCACCGGCAGGGGAAGCCCAAACCGCUCCCUAAAACCCUGGGCGCCACGUUCGGCCGCCCCCAGCUGAAAGCGGUCGUCCUGAAGACCAUGAUCAGAAAACCGAAGAAGCCCAACUCUGCAAACAGGAAGUGCGCCAGAGUGCGUCUGUCUAAUGGGAAGGAAGCGGUGGCGUUCAUCCCCGGGGAGGGACACAACCUGCAGGAGCACAACGUGGUGCUGGUGAAGGGCGGGAGGACGCAGGACCUGCCCGGGGUCAAACUCAAAAUAGUGCGAGGGAAAUAUGACUGUGCCCACGUGGUGAAGAAGAAACAGUAGCCUGAACCAGGAUGAGUGUGUGUUUAAUAAACCUGUUGCUGUCA